CCUGCGCCCUGCCUGGAGGCCCUGCGGGGCUGCUGCGCUCUUUCCAGCGCUGCUUCAUUUGCGGCGAGACGGGUGCCACCAUCACCUGCCAGGAGAAGGGGUGCGACCGCAGCUUCCAUCUCCCCUGCGCCUCAGAGGGUGAAUGUGUCACCCAGUUCUUCGGGCUGUACAGGUCCUUUUGCUGGGAGCACCGCCCCGAGCAGGCAGUGCAGGCCAGUCCAGAGCAGAACAGCACCUGCAUCAUCUGCCUGGACCCCGUGGAGGACAAAAAGUCCUACCGCACCAUGGUGUGCCCCGCAUGCCAACACGCCUGGUUCCACCGGAGCUGCAUCCAGAAACAGGCUAUCCACGCUGGCGUCUGCUUCCGCUGCUUGCAUUGCCAAAACAAACAUCAGUUUGUGAUGGAAAUGCUCACCAUGGGGAUUCGAGUCUCCAAGAGACAACCAUCAUGGGAGAGUGACCAAGCCUUCGGACUGAUAUAUCAGCGGCACGUCCACUGCAAUGCCAGCAGGUGCCUUUGUCUGAGAGGCAGGGAGCAGGCAGAGCAAGAGGGGUCCUGGCAACUGCUCCUGUGCAGCUCCUGCGCUGCCAGAGGCAUCCACCGACGCUGCUCUUACCUGAGGAACAGCGCAACCAGCUGGGAGUGCGACUGCUGCGCUGGCCUGGGCGCUG